AUGGCCGACACACCCGCCCCAGGCCCCGCCCUCCCCGUCUCCUGUCCCUGCGGCUCCGUCUCCUUCACCACGCCCCCCCUCGCGACCCGCAUCGCUUACUGCCACUGCACAUCCUGCCGCAAACAAUCCGGCUCGGCCUUCGGCGCCUCCAUCUACUACCCAACCCCGAUCUUCUUUGACACCCUCCCCGCCGACCUCCUCUCCCCGUCCUCUGGCCUGUUAUCCAUCUACGAAUACCCCACCGACAGCGGCAACACGAUGCGCGGGUAUUUCUGCCCGAAAUGUGGCACGCGCGUGUUUAAUGCGGUGGUGCUGCCGGAUGGGAAGACGUUGAGGGAGGUGGUGGCUGUUAAGGCGGGGUUGGUGGAUGAUGUGGGUGAGGGGGGGUUGGGGUGGAAGGGCCAGAAGGGGGUGCAUAUUUUUACGAAGUCGGCGGUUAUGGAGUUGGCGGAGGGGUGGGAGUGUUAUGAGACUAUGCCGGGGGAGGGUAAAUAA